GAGGCGAUACGCCCGGAUAAAGUGAUUUAUUUCCCUUUUCCUCCUUCAAGUUCUUAGCUUUUCCGCGGAAUAUUCACUACGGGUGGGAUAAACAUACAAACUAAGCAGUUCACACGGUCGUUUUUUUGUUUUAAUUCGUUAAAAACAUUAUGAAUUAAUUUCUCUCGGACGCUGUUGAAGCCGCUGUGACGGGACGAAGCAAAGUGCCUUGUACUCAGGAUGUGUGCGUCAGUAAAGUACAGCUCUCGCGGUCCGGCUCUCAUCCCCCGCAUGAAGACCAAACACCGGAUCUACUACAUCACACUGUUCUCGGUGGUGCUGCUCGGCCUCAUCGCCACAGGGAUGUUCCAGUUCUGGCCGCAUUCCAUCGAGUCCUCGGUGGAGUGGACCCUGGACCGCCGUAGCGUGCACGACGCUCCGCUGGUCAAACUGCCCGCGUCCAGCCCCAUCCCUGAGAGAGGAGACCUGAGCUGCCGCAUGCACACCUGCUUCGAUGUCUACCGCUGCGGCUACAAUCCCAAAAACCGCAUCAAGGUGUAUAUCUACCCCCUGCAGAGGUUUGUGGACGAGGUGGGCGUGCCCAUCAGCAGUACCGGUCUGUCCCGUGAAUAUAACGAGCUGCUGAGCGCCAUCUCCGACAGCGACUUCUACACCGACGAUGUCACCCGCGCCUGUCUCUUCAUCCCCUCCAUCGACGUGCUGAACCAGAACUCGCUGCGCAUCCGGGAGACCGCACAGGCUCUCGCCAUGCUGCCCAGAUGGGAUAAGGGGAUGAAUCACUUAUUGUUCAACAUGUUACCAGGAGGACCUCCGGACUACAACACGGCACUGGACGUUCCCAGAGACAGAGCUUUACUCGCCGGAGGAGGUUUCUCGACAUGGACGUACAGACAAGGCUACGACGUUAGCAUCCCCGUGUACAGCCCCCUGUCAGCUGAAGUUGAGCUCCCCGAGAGACAGCCUGGCCCGAGGCGAUACUUCAUCCUGUCGUCUCAGACGGCCGUCCAUCGGGAGUAUCGCGCAGAGCUGGAGAGGCUGAAGGAGGAGAACGGAGAGUCAAUCCUCCUGCUGGACAAGUGCACGAACCUGUCUCAGGGCGUGGCCUCAGCCCGGAAACGCUGCUCCAAGGGCCAGACCUACGACUACCCCCAGAUCCUUCAGGAGUCUUCGUUCUGCGUGGUCUUGCGCGGCGCUCGACUCGGCCAGGCCGCCCUCAGCGACGUCCUGCAGGCGGGUUGCGUUCCCGUCAUCAUGGCCGACUCGUACAUCCUGCCCUUCUCUGAGGUGCUGGACUGGAAAAGAGCUUCAGUCGUCAUUCCUGAAGAGAAGCUCCCGGAGAUGUAUACGAUUUUGAAAAGUAUUCCUCACAGACAGGUGGAGGAGAUGCAAAGACAGGCUCGCUGGUUCUGGGACGCAUACUUCAGCUCUAUGAAGGCCGUCGGAUUGACCACGUUGCAGAUCAUCAACGAUCGCAUUUACCCCUACGCAGCGCGCACGUACGAGCAGUGGAACAACCCGCCGGUCGUGAAGUGGUCGAGCGUGAACAGUCCGCUUUUCCUCCCGCUGAUUCCUCCUCGGUCUCCGGGAUUCACCGCCGUGGUUCUGACCUACGAUCGGGUCGAAAGCCUCUUCAGAGUCAUCACGGAGAUCUCCAAGGUCCCAAGUCUGGCCAAGCUGCUGGUGGUGUGGAACAACCAGAACAAGAGCCCGCCUGAAGAAUCUCUUUGGCCCAAAAUCGUCGUUCCUCUUAAAGUGGUGCGCACCAAAGAAAACAAACUCAGCAAUCGCUUCUUUCCCUUCGACGAGAUCGAGACGGAGGCGGUGCUGGCCAUCGAUGAUGACAUCAUCAUGCUGACCUCCGACGAGCUGCAGUUUGGAUAUGAGGUGUGGCGGGAAUUCCCAGACAGACUGGUGGGAUAUCCGGGUCGGCUCCAUUUAUGGGACCAUGAGAUGGGAAAGUGGAAGUACGAGUCGGAGUGGACCAACGAGGUGUCGAUGGUGUUGACCGGAGCUGCGUUUUAUCACAAGUACUUUAAUUAUCUGUACACGUACAAGAUGCCUGGAGACAUUAAGAACUGGGUAGACGCUCAUAUGAACUGUGAGGACAUCGCCAUGAACUUCCUGGUGGCCAACAUCACUGGGAAAGCACCGAUAAAGGUGACGCCGCGUAAGAAGUUUAAGUGCCCCGAAUGCACGGCGAUAGACGGGCUGUCGUUGGACCAGACGCACAUGGUGGAGAGGUCUGAGUGCAUCAACAAAUUUGCGUCCGUGUUCGGCACCAUGCCGUUGAAAGUCGUGGAACACCGCGCAGAUCCAGUUUUAUACAAGGACGACUUCCCGGAGAAGCUCAAGAGUUUUCCCAAUAUCGGAAGUUUAUGACCCUCUCCUGUCCUUCACACCUUCGUCUCAUAAGACGAAGAAAAAAAAACCCGUCACAGACGCUCUAGGACUCAUCAAUGUUGUUUAUCUUUGUAAUAUAAGAUUAUAUUCUUCUGGGGAACGAGCUGACGGAGAAAAGAAAACGUCCUGUUGGUGUAUCUGCUCAUGUUCUUUUAGCAAGAUGGAUCUUCAGGAAGUUGGAAAGAAGCACUGAAAACCAGAACGUCAUGGAGCAGAUCGUGUCUGUCGAUAACACUGAAAAUUAGGGUCCACUCAGAGACAAUGUUUGACCUUGAGAAACUAAAAAAAAUAAGCAUUUAAAAAAAAAUAAUAAUAAUUUUUUUUAUGUUUUAUGGGAAACAAGGUUUGGACAGGAGAGUCUGAGAUCAGUAUCAGAACAUUAAACAUCCAGGAGCUCUCUGUGGUCUGGAUUUUACAUUUCUCACUCACAGUUAUUCACAGCGUACUGUAUUUACUGGAAUAUUUACUGCUAUUCAGUAGAAACUGAGAAAAAAGGGGCUUAAAUAUACAAAAGGAGUUUUAGAUUUCCUAAAGAUUCAUCUGUACAUAAUUACACGCUGCUACUAAGUAAAUGGGGAAAAAAAGGAAACAAACAGGAAUUUAAAUCCUGUAUUUUUUUCCUGUUGUUUAGAAAACCAACACUUUUCCAAGAGUUCAUUAAAGUUUAAUUAGAUUACUAAAGGCUUCUUAGCUUCUUAAAUCAAAUGUCUAAUGGUUCUGAGGAAAUUCUUACAGGAUUUACAUACGCUACAGUUUAUUGUAUAGCUCUAUCCAUUAUUAGGAUCUAAAAAUUCUCAGUUAUCUAAUGAACCUGUGAAGAUUCCUUUUUAGAUCCGUGUUUGUGCCAUGAGUUAAAUGUUAAACAGGUUCCAGGUUUUAAGAAGCAAAUAUCAAGCACUGAUUCGAAGUUUGAGCUGCUCACUUCCUGAGUAAAUGCACACGCUCUUAGAAAAGGCUCCUAAAGAUUCUUCUAGAGUUCCAGUACUGGUUCUUCGGUUCUCGCUCUUUUUCUUUUUUCCACAAAUUCUGUUUCCUUUACAACCGAAGAACCUUUUGUCCUAAGGGUGUGUAUAUUAACUUGUUUUACCUGCUGCAUGUGAUACAGACUCAAACGUUGCUUAUUUUUUUCUUCCUAAUAAUACCCAGAACCCGCGGUUCUCCCGACACAAUCAGACAAUAAGAUUUCUUUAAUAGUAUUUUGAAGAAGCUUCUCUUUUUUUCGAGAGAGAGAGAGUUCUUCCUGAGCAGCCGCUGAAGAACAAAGUAAGGUUUAACCCUCUGAGACGAAGUUUUCCUGUAGCAGAUCCAGACCAGUGUGAAGGUUCUAGAGUCAUCCAGUGUUUUUUUACAGAAGAGGAAAAGUGUUGUAGGGUUCUUCAGAGAUCCUUUGCCUCCAUGAGGAACAGCUGAAAAGCUGAACAGCUUUUUGCCAGAGUUUAGUUUGACACGUUUUCAAGGAUAAAACAAGUUUUCCUGCACUUAAAGUUAAAUAUUUGUCCUGUAAUGUGUUUUAAAUAUUCCUGAAACUUUAGAAAAUGUAAAAAAGCUGUUUAAACAAACUCUUAUCAACAUCAAAAGUUUCUAAUGAUGGGGCAUUCAAAGACUUUUUAACGCCGUUGUCGCUUGCAGCACGAUGCCGUAUGGGCAGUGAAA